CCUCCAUAUUCAUUCUUCUAGUUCUUGUUCUCUUCCCCAUCUAGCUUUUUCUUUUUUUUGUCAAAAAAUGGAUGAUAUUGAAAUUCCUGAAUACUAUCUCUGUCCCAUAUCCCUUCAAAUCAUGAAAGAUCCCGUUACAACCGUAACAGGCAUCACUUAUGACCGUGAAAGCAUCGAGCAAUGGUUGAAGACGGCCAAAAACGGAUCUACAUGUCCAGUGACGAAACAGCCAUUACCAAAAGAUUCUGAUUUAACCCCAAAUCACAUGCUGCGGCGACUAAUUCAAGCAUGGUGUACUUCAAAUGCCAAGAAUGGUGUUUCUCCAAUUCCAACCCCUAAAUCUCCUCUCAGUAAGAAUUAUUUUCUUAAGCUCGUUAAAGAUCUUGAAAUUCAUACUUUGUUUAUACAAGCAUUGAAUAAAAUGGAAGCUCUUGCUUUAGAGAAUGAAAGGAAUAGAAUGUGCAUGGUGGAUGUAGGUGUGGAUAAAGCUUUGGUUUCUUUUAUUUUAAGAUGUUAUAAAGAGAGAAAAACUAUAGGUCUUGAACAAGCUCUGAGAAUUCUCGAUGUUACUUGGGAUUUGGAAGCAAUAAAGGUUCAUGUCAAAGAUAACCGUGAUUUUGUCGAUUCUUUGAUAUGGGUUUCAGGCUUUGAUGUAGAUAAUGAUAAUAUUGAUGUCAAUAUCAAGACCCAGUCAAUGUCAGUUUUGAAGAAAACAAUGCAAGUUGGUAGUACAGACCUGCUAGAGAGGUUAAGCCAUGAUUUCUUUAGAGGAAUUGUAAAACUACUUAAAGAGAAAAUCUCUCAAAAAGCUCUAAAAUCAGCCUUGCUUGUGUUACUAGAAGUGUGCCCAUGGGGAAGAAACAGAAUGAAAAUUGUAGAAGCAAAAGCAGUGUUCGAGCUAAUCGAACUUGAGCUAGGAAAACCAGAGAAGAACAUAACAGAACUCAUUUUUAAUCUCUUAGCAGAGUUAUGUUGUUGCGCAGACGGGCGAGAUCAGUUUCUUAAGCAUGCAGGAAGUAUUGCAAUGAUAUCAAAAAGAAUCCUUAGGGUUUCGCCGGCAACCGAUGACCGAGCAGUGCAUAUACUGGGUCUGGUGUCAAAGUUUUCUGCUAACGACCAACUUCUUUUAGAGAUGUUGAGGGUUGGAGCCGUGUCAAAACUUUGUAUGGUGAUUCAAGCAAAUUGUGCUGCUUACUUAAAGCAGAAAGCAAGAGGGAUCCUUAGAUUGCAUUCUAAGGUGUGGAACAAUUCUCCUUGUAUACAUGUGUAUUUGUUAACGAGGGACUUUUUACCAAAAUAGUGAUAAAAAAAAAAAUGUAAUUACCAGAAUGGUGUCCUUUAAAAAAUAUUUACGAAUAUAUUAUUUUGUUGAGAUUUCAAAGAUAUUUGUUAAAUUUUGAAUCUAACAAAUGUAUUGUUAGAUUCAAAAUUUAAUUGUAAGCCUAUGACUGUAAUCUUUAGACUAUGACUAUGACUAUUUUUUUUUUUUAAAUUCAUAAUGUAAGAUGUACAAAAAUACAGGCCGUAUGGACCCGCAUUAUAUAUCUAUACUAUAUAAAUG